AAACAUAUCCGGUAGUUGAGUUUUACAUCAGUGUUUUGAUUAAUUUAAGCAAAAUGAAUCCAGACAAAAUUUUGAAUUCGAUCCCGAAGCCGGAAUGGCUAGUGCCCACACGGAGCUACCGCCACGCCGACGAGCGUCCAUUCAAUUCCUAGCCGGCAUGGCGGUAGGCAUGCUGGAGGUGGUCUUAUUGAGUCCGCUGGACUUGGUCAAGUCCCGGCUCCAGGUGCAGGGCAUCGACAGGGUGCCUUCUAGAGUUACCUACAGUGGCGUCCGUGACGCCUUUGUCAAGAUAUACAGACACGAGGGCCUGACUGCCUUCUGGAGGGGCAUCGUGCCACCGUUGUUCAUUGACCCGCCGAAGAGGGGCAUCAAGUUCUUGACGAUUUCCCUGUUCAAGCCACUGGUGCAGUUCGGUCCUCAGCCAACUUCAAUGACUUAUGCCAUCGCCGGUGCUCUUUCUGGAACCGUUGAGGCCUUUCUGAUGAAUCCAUUCGAGGUGGUCAAGAUAACGCAGCAAGUUCAUCAGGCGAAGCGUUUGAAGACCUUGGCGAUGGCCAAGCACAUAAUUAGGCGGAACGGCUACGGGAUGAAAGGUCUUUAUCGAGGCAUUACGGCGUUCAUAGCACGCAACGUCGUCUUCCAAUUCACCUAUUUUGGCGUAUACGCAAACAUAAAGAGUCGGGCUCCCGUCGUGCAGCAUUCGACCUCCGAACUGCUUCUUAGGUUCGCAAUAGCAAGCUUUUCAGGCGCCAUGGGCUGCACGCUAAGCGUCCCCCUAGACUUGGCCAAGUGCCGGAUCCAGGCGCCUCAGCCAGUGCGGGGUGUGAUUAAGUACGGUUGGACCGUUCAGACGCUGAGGACUAUUUACCGGGAAGAAGGUAUACGGGCGAUGUACAAGGGCCUGACACCGCUGCUUAUGCGAGCCAUUCCAAGCGGAGCUAUCCAAAUGGUGUCAUACGAAGCUAUUUCGGAUGCCCUUACCCGUAGCUUUAGCGACAAAUGAUGAGGAGAAAUUACUUACGAGAUCUCCCUAUUUUACAAUUUUAGACUUUUCACUAAAAGAAAUAAAUCCUACAAUGAUUACUUCUUA